CAACUAUAAUAGUCGGAUUAAAGCGAAAUAUAUAGUUCCAUUAAAUGUAGAAUUUUAAGCCAGUCAAUUGCAAGGCAAAGCAAAGCAAAGCAAAAUCUGUAAAUAGGGAAUACUUAAUCAUAUCUCCUUCUUCUUCUUCUUCUUCUAUACAUAUAUGGAAUUAGGCUAAACUUUUAAGGUUUUUAGUCUUUGCGCCGCCGCAAUUUUGGUAAUUGGACUGUCCCCCUUAUAGCUAAGAAUUAUCAAUUGAUGCCUUACCUUAUACGAAUUUAAUCUUAUACAUGUUCUACAUUUGCCACCCAUCCAAUAGGGGUAUAAAUAUACAUCAUAAAGUUUCAUAAGUAGUUGAUUUUGAUACCAUACAGUACACUUUAACAAUGUCAUUGUCAUUAUCACAGCUAGUUGAUCUAGUUGAUAUCACUAAUGGUAUAGCAUCCAAUCAAUUGUCAAAUCAAUCAUCUUGUACUUUCAGUAAUAGUAUCACACACCCAUUAUAUGAUAAGUAUGGAAGUUCUUUAAAUCCAUGCUUUGUUGGUUCCAUACUGUUUGUGUUUAACGCCAUUUUUGGAAUAUUUGCCUUCAUUCAAUUGUUAACAUUUUUGUUUAAUAAUAAAGUGGGACCAUAUAACCUCAAAUAUGGAUUCGGUUAUCCAUUCAGUUUAAGAAGUGUUGGGAUUUAUCAAUUAAUCAAAUUGAAUUCAAUUGCUUUACAAAUCAUAUUAAAUAUCAUCCUAUUCGCUUUCCUUUCUACCAACAAACAGAUCAUAACCUUAAGUGUGGCCCUUACCAUUAUCCUCAAUUUAAUUAUCAUAUUCCCCUUACAUGUCAUAGAACCUACUAGAUCACCUAAUGCAAGUGCUUCCCUUCUUUUAUAUUGGACUUUAAAUAUAGUCUUCUAUAUCAUGGUUUUAAUUUCCGAUUCCUUUUCAUCCCAUAAGAUUUACUUACCAAUUGAUGGUGAUGUUAGCAGUGUUUAUGCCAUUGAAAUUGUACUAUUAAUAAACUCAGCUUUAAUCUUAUGGUUUGAACUUGUAUUAUAUAAACCAUCUAAAGAAUUAAAAGAAUACUUUGAAUUGAAUGAUUGGAAAAUCAAUUCAAUCAGAAACAUUUAUAAUGAAUUAUCAUUCUACUGGUUAAACGGUCUCAUUAAAAAAGUAUAUGAUACCAAUGAUUUGGAAUCUAAAGAUUUACCUCCAUUACCUCUUGAAUUAGAUAGUGAAUCGAAUUAUCAAGUUCUUCAAUCAAGGUGGAAUAUAGCUGAAUCAAAAGCAAAAAGUGAGCUUAAGCUUAAACUUUCCAAAAUCACAGAUCCAACUGAUGCUGAUAAAAUCCCUAAAGUUUCAUUAUUAUUAAUCAUUAUUGGUAUAUUUUGGAAACAAUUCAUUAUUAUAUUUCUCUUUGAUGUGAUUGCCAUGAUUUUUGGAUUUUCCCAAGCUUUCUUAUUACAAGCAUUCAUCUUAUUUUUCACUGACACAGCUACCUCAGAUAAUGAUGAUCAUAGACAACCAGCAAUCGUUGGAUUUAGUAUUGCAUUCACUAUGUUUGUCUUUUCAUUAGCUAAUUCAGUUUGUGUUAAUCGAUACUUUUUAAUCAAUACUAGUGUUGCCAAUCAAAUAAAAGGAGCAUUGACAACUAUGAUAUAUAAAAAGACCUUAAGAUUAUCACCAGAAUCAAGAAAAGUAAAGAAUACAGGUGAAAUAGUAAACAAUUUAACCUUAGAUGCUUCCAUGGUUUCUAGCGUUCCUCAUUUAAUUGAUAUUUUAUCCGCUCCAAUAAGAUUAGUACUUACAUUGGCAUCAUUAGUAAAGAUUAUUGGUGUAUCUACCUUUGCUGGUUUACUAGGUGCAUUCAUCUUAGUACCUUUUAGUUUAAUUGUCAAUAGUAAAGUUUAUCCAUUAAUUCUUGAAAGAAUGAAAGUCAAAGACGAAAGAACUAAAUUAACUAAUGAAAUAUUAAGUUCUAUAAAAAGUAUAAAAUUAUAUUCAUGGGAAAGUCCAAUGUUAAAGAGAUUAUUCUAUAUAAGAAAUGAAAAGGAAUUACAACUUGGUAAAAGUAUUGGUAUUUUAAUUUCAUUUUUAGUCUUCUUAUGGUCAACGGUUCCAUUUUUCAUCACUUGUACAACAUUAAUUACAUUUUCUUAUAUCUCCAAAGUAGCAUUGGUUCCUGCUAUUGUGUUUCCGGCUUUAAACUUAUUCUCAAUGUUGGCAGAACCAAUCAUGAUGCUUCCAAAUGUAUUAAACAUGUAUUUCACAAUCAGUGUUUCAUUAGGAAGAUUGACAGAAUUAUUUUUGCUUGAUGAAAAGGAACUUGAAACUGGAUUUGUUGAACAUUCUUUCAAACCGGCUAAAAAGAAUGAAGACUCUGUAAUUAUAACAGAUGCUACAUUUGUGUGGGAUAAAUCUAAAUAUGAGACUGAAUUAUUGGAAGAAACUGAGGGACAAAGUGAAGACAAUGUUGCGUUAUCUGGUAUAAACUUUUCUGCAAAAAAGGGUCAAUUAACAUGUAUAGUUGGUAAAGUCGGUAGUGGAAAGACAACACUGCUUAGAGGUAUAUUGGAAGAAGUUUCUUUAGCAAAGAAAGAUACCACAAGUAUAAAAAUAAACGGUUCAAUAGCUUAUUGUCCCCAAUCACCAUGGAUAAUGAAUUCUACCAUUAAGGAAAACAUCUUGUUUGGAUUUAAAUUUGAUAAGAGAUUUUAUGAAGAAACUGUUUCUGUUUGUCAAUUGUUAGCUGAUUUUGAUAUCUUGCCAGAUGGUGAUAGAACUGUGGUUGGUGAAAAGGGUAUUUCAUUGAGUGGUGGACAAAAGGCAAGAAUUGCACUUGCUAGAAGUGUUUAUUCAAGAGCUGAUAUUUAUUUAUUAGAUGAUGUUUUAUCAGCAGUUGAUGCUCAUGUUGGGAAAAAGAUUACUGAUUUAGUUUUAGGACCUCAAGGAAUAUUGGCUUCCAAGACCAUUAUAUUGGCUACUAAUUCUGUUCCAACUUUACGUUUUGCUCAUGAAAUUGUUCUUUUGAGAGAUAAAACUAUAUCUGAAAGAGGAAGCUUUAAAGAAUCUAUGGAUAAUAAUGGAGAUUUAGCUGCUUUAAUAUUAGAGUUUGGAAAACAUGUGGAAGAAGAUAAUGUUGAAGCUGAAGAGCCUAUUGAAGAUCCUGCCAAGGUAAUCACUUCAGAAGAUACAGAAGUCACUGAAUAUCAACCAGAGUCUAACGCUGACGUUGUUCAAGAGAACCUUUUGGAGCGAAUUGAAACAAGAAGUACACUUGGAAGAGCAAGUCUUGUGUCUUUCGAACAUGAAUACGAUGAAGAAGAAGAUGGAGUGGUGAGAAGAACUGGUCAUACAGUUGAAGAAGGAGCCAAAGGACAAGUCAAAUUAUCUGUCUAUUUGGAAUAUCUCAAAAACUGUAAUUUCCCUUUCUUAUUAUUGUAUUUGGUACUUUCCAUGGUUGAAGUUGGUUUGGGUAUUUGGGGUUGGUGGGUUCUUCAAAUAUGGACCGAUAAGAAUUUAGAAGCUGGUAAAAGUGUUGACACUGUAUUUUAUUUACUGUUAUAUGCCAUUUCCGGUGUGUUAUCAUGCAUAGCUAUUCUUGUGGCAUUUAUUGUUGUAUGGACAGUCUGUGUAUUUACAGCUUCUAAAUAUUUCCAUGAUAGUAUGGCCAAAUCUGUAUUAAGAUCACCUAUGUCAUUCUUUGAAACAACGCCAGUUGGUAGAAUAUUGAAUAGAUUUAGUGAUGAUUUGGGAACUAUCGAUCAAGAAUUGAUUUGGACUUUUAUAUCAUUCUUCAUGGUGGUUCUUGGUGCAAUUGGAAAAUUGGUUGUCAUUGUGUUAGUCUUACCUGGAAUGUGGGUUCUUCUUUUAAUUCUUUUUGUCUUUUAUAAUAACAUUCGUCAACAAUUCAUUCCAGCUCAAAGAGAACUAAAAAGAUUAAGUAGUGCCAAUAAGAGUCCAGUUAUUGCUCAUCUUCAAGAAUCAUUGAAUGGAAUUGAAACCAUCAAAGCGUUCGGACAAGUUGAUAGAUUCAGUUAUAAAAACGAGUUAAAUGUUAAUACUCUUGCAAAUUCUAACUUCACCAAUUCAGUUUGUGGUAAAUGGUUAUCUACCAGGUUACAAAUUAUUUCUAAUGCUAUUAUUUUUGGAUCAUCAUUAACAAUUUUGUCCACUUUAGGUACAUCUUACCAAUUCAGUCCAGGGUUGGUAGGUUUUGCUAUGGCUAAUGGUUUAGGUCUUACUUCGAUGUUGCUGAGUAUUAUUUCAAUGUGGGCAAGUAUUGAAACUAUGACUGUUUCCUUAGAAAGAAUCAUUGAAUAUUGUUAUUUGAAGUCAGAAGCUGCUGAAGUGAUUGAAGAUAAUAGACCACCUCUCUCAUGGCCUGCUGAAGGUUCAAUAUCAUUCAAAAGUUAUUCCACUAAAUACAGAGAGAAUUUAGAUCCUGUUUUAAAGAAUUUAAGUCUUGAUAUAAAACCAGGAGAGAAAGUUGGUAUUGUUGGUAGAACUGGAGCAGGUAAAACUACUGUUGCCAUGUCUGUAUUCAGAAUUAUUGAACCAACUGAAGGAUAUAUUGAAAUUGAUGGAAUAAAUACGUCUUCGAUAGGGUUAAGUGAUUUACGUCAACAUCUUAACAUUAUUCCACAAGAUCCUCAAAUAGUGGAAGGAACAGUCAGACAAAAUCUUGAUCCUCUUGAUCGUCAUACUGAUGAUGAAUUAUGGACUGUGUUGGAACAUUCACAUUUGAAAGAACAUGUGGAAACUAUGAAAACCAAGAAGAAUCAGAAAAAGGAAGAUGAAAAGGAAAAAGAUGCCAAUCCAGAUGAAGAAGAUGAUUCUCAGUAUGAUUUUGGAUUAUCUGCAAAAGUAUUUGAAGGAGGUUCUAACUUAUCAUCAGGUCAAAAACAGUUAUUAUCUCUUGCUAGAGCAUUAUUGAUCAAAUCAAAAAUAUUAAUCUUGGAUGAAGCAACAGCUGCGGUUGAUGUUCAAACUGAUAAGAUUAUUCAAGAAACCAUUAGAACAGAAUUCAAUGACAGAACGAUUUUAACUAUUGCUCAUCGUAUUAAUACUAUCCUUGAAAGUGAUCGGAUUCUUGUAUUAGAUCAUGGAAAGGUUAAAGAAUUUGAUACACCAGAAAAUUUAUUAAAUGAUGAAACAUCAGAGUUUUAUUCACUUUGUAAAGAAAGUGGAAAUCUUAAAAAAGAUAGUACUUAAUCUUGUAAUAUAUAAAAUUUUUGAGGCAGAACUUCUGCCUUACAUUAUAUUAGAUAAUAUACAUAACAUUUAGAAUGGGAAAUAAGAGAGGAAGUAAUGAAAGAUUGCUAAUUAAA